ACACAGGGGGAAGUCCCAUAGUUAAUAACCAAAUAAGCUUCUAUCCUGAACUCUCACAGUCUCACUCCCAUCUUCAAACCAAGAAUUCUCCCUUCUCCCGCCACCGCGUCUUCAUCUCGCCAGAAGCUGAGGGCCAGCAGUGUUCUGCUGGUGUUCUUGGGUGGUGUUGUCUCCCUCCUGUGUGCCGUCUCCGUCUGGACACCCCUGGUUUGUCCCGUCAGCAUUGUAAGACUGCGUGGAAGUGUGCGUAGGGGUUGCUUCUCUUCGAGAUAUCUUUCCUUUCUCAGCAGCCCACUUCUCAGAAGCUGGUAAGCCUCAGCUUCUCUUGGUUUGCCUUGUUCCUCUGAGUCUAAGGUUUAUCAUUUGCUGAUGGCUUCUAACUGCGGUGUUGGUCAGUACUGGGAUACCUUAAUCAAAAAGUGUUUCCAGUGUCACAUGGAAUGUCACCGACUGCAUGUCAUCCCCAGAUGCGCCAGUUUCUGUGAGUCCACAAAUUGUAAGGCACGGCCUGGCCACUACUUCGAUGGUCUGCUGAAGAAAUGUAUUAGAUGCACUGAGGUUUGUGGCAGACAUCCGGCAGAAUGCUCCCAGGACUGCCAGAUUUUGCAACCACCCGUGACCACUAAAAGGCUCUUGGUUACCUCACACGUGUCAUAUUCCAGAGCGGCCACAGGCCUGGAAGACGCCACUCUUCUGCUAUAUCCCCUGCUGUCUCUUUGCAUGGUGCUGCUGUUUUCUAGCUUGUGUCUAGCCUUGGUUGUCUUUCUGAGGGGAGCCAGGGCCAAGAACUCCAAGCUACAAGCAAAGGAGGCUAACUGCAGCUGCAAGGAAUGUGUGGUCCAGCAUGGCCAGGAGGUUGGCCAGUCAGUUUACCAGUUGGGGCAGAGCUCCAAAGAUUUUGCAACUAAUUCAAGCCAUCCAACUGAUUGUGAGCCAUCGGAAGACUCCAGCCCAACUGAGACCUGCGUGUGUGUCCACUGUUUCCCCGAUCUGAAAGCAAUAGGCCAGGGCAAUGACAGGCCACUAAGACCGUCUUUCUCAUUCUACCCGCAGGCUGUCGUCCCCAGAGCCCAUGUGCAAAAGGGAGAGGCUCUGUGGACUCAGGGGAAUGCACACCCGGUACGGGAAGGGUGCAGGUCUCAGGGGACGGGCCAGAUCUGUCCCCAGCUCACAUUAGAGGAUUCAGUCGGUCACAGUGUAUUGGAUUUUCAAUAACAACCAAGGUUUUGAAGCAACCUUUAAGUCAAGCUUGUCUACCACCCCUAUCAGCCACUCAACAGCAAGACUGCUGUUCAGAAUCGGUCAGAAUCUGUAUUAAUAAACAAGUGAAGCAAAUCAUUCCAUUAGAAAUAUUUCAGAUGCUGUUGUGUGGUUGACUCAUCUAAAACAUGAAAAACUCUGCCAUGUUUUACUCCUGUUUCACUCCCGACCCGAUGAAGGCAUGUUGACGGUGAGGGUUUUGCCACAGGAUAGCAAAAAGCUUGUUUAGAAAAACACUUAAAUGUUUCAGAUCAAACAAAAUUUAAAUGUUAGACAAAGAUAACACAAGUAAACACAAAAAGCAGUUUCUAAAUGAAGGUGUUUAUUAUUAAAGGGGAAAAAACAAAUCCAAACCUACAUGGCCCAUGUGAAAAAGAGAUUGCAUCCUAGACAUAAUACCUGGUUGGACCACCCUUAGCAGCAACAACUGCAAUCAAGUGUUCGUGAUAACUGGCAAUGAGUCUUUCACAGUGCUGUGGAGGAAUUUUGGCCCACUCAUCCUUGCAGAAUUAUUGUAAUUCAGCCACAUUGGAGGGUUUGAGCAUGAACCACCUUUUAAAGGUUAUGCCACAGCAUCUCAAUGGGAUUCAGGUCGGGACUUUGACUAGGCCACUCCAAAGGCUUCAUUUUGUUUUUCUUAAGCCGUUCAGAGGUGGUCUUGCUAGUGUUUUUUGGAUCAUUGUCCUGCUGCAGAACCCAAGUGCACUUCCGAACUUGAACAGAUGGCCGGACAUUCUCCUUCAGGAUGUUUUCAUGGUUCCAUUUAACACAGCAAGUCCUCCAGGUCCUCAGGCAGCAAAACAGCCCUGGACCAUCACACCACCAUAUUUUACUGUUGGUAUAAUGUUCCUCUUCUGAAAUGUUGUGUUACUUUUAUGCCACAUGUAGUGGGACACACGCCUUCCAAAAAGUUCAACUUUUGUCUUGUCAGUCCACAGAAUAUUUUCCCAAAAGUUUUGGGGAUCAUCAAAAUGUUUUCUGGCAAAACGGAGACGAGUCUUCGUGUUCCGUUUGCUCAGCAGUGGUUUUCGUCUUGGAGCUCUGCCAUGCAGGCCAUUGUUGUCCGAUCUCUUUCUUAUGGUGGAGUCAUGAACACUGCACUUAACUGAGGCAAGUGACGCCUGCAGUUCUUUGGAUGUUGUUCUGGGGUCUUUUGUGACCUCUUGGAUGAGUGGUCCCUGCACUCUUGUGGUAAUUUUGGUUGGCUGGCCACUCUUGGGAAGGUUUACCACUGUUCCAUGUUUUUGCCAUUUGUGGAUAAUGGCUCUCACUGUGGUUUGCUGGAGUCCCAAAGCUUUAUAAAUGGCUUUAUAACAUUUUCCAACAUUUUUAGAUCUCAGUUACUUUGUUUCUCAUUUGUUCAUGAAUUUCCUUGGAGCAGCAUAAUGUCUGGCUUUUGAGGAUUUUUUGGUCUACUCCACUUUGUCAGGCAGGUCCUAUUUAAGUGUUUGUUGAUUGAGGACAGGUGUGGCAGUAAUCAGGGCAGGGUGUGGCUAGAGAAAUUGAACUGAGCUUUCCAAAGAUGUGAUACACCACAGUUAAUUUAUGUUUUAAGGGGGGCGACCUUCAUUUAGAAACUGCAUUUGGUGUUUACUUGUGUUAUCUUUGUCUAAUAUUUGAUUGAUGAUAGUCCAAAUUGAAAUAUUGACUGACAAAACAGUCUCAUUAAAUUAUCUUGUUUAAAGAGAAUUGAGAUUAGAAUGCUGUAGGCUGAAGGUAAUGCAAAGGAGCCCAGACUUCAGUGACUGCAGGCCUGUGAGCCAAAGCUUGCUGCAAUAUAUGUAAUGCAUGUAAAUAAUGUCUAAUAAUGUUUAUGCUGUUUUAUUUUCUGCAGGGUAAAAACUUGCUCUUUUAAAUAUGUUUUUCAUAAUCUGAGAAUGGCAGCCAGACUGACGCUGUUUGUCAGUCAAAAGGAACUGGAAGAUCCCGAGUAUCAGUUUGUAUCUUAAUAACAUAAUAGGUGCUUGCUGUUUGCUUCUUGCAUUGAGUUUCAGUUUCUCUCCAAGGGGGAAAAAGUAUGCACCGACCCCUGAGUACUACUAUUCUUCAAUCAGCAACAUUAAAUGAAAUAUUUGUAAUGAAUGUACUUUCACAAAACAAUAAGACAAAGAGAGAAAUCUCAUAUUCCAUUAUCAUGGACAAUAAAUAACAAAAGUCUUUACAGA